UGUAGCCUGAGAAAUUCAUGUGCUAUGCAGGCUAAAAGAGUUGGACUCGAGAAAGCUAGAUAUCUCCCAUUACUGCUAAGCUAUGGCGCCAAACAAAUCUUCUCUACUAAGUGUUUCCCACUUUAUACCAUUGGUUCUGUUUGUUCAAGCCGCUUUGUCGUCUGGGUCUCAUUCCAAAAUGAACCAUGAAUUCUCCAUGAAAGAAGCAAGCGUACACGAUCUCCAACUUGCUUUUGAAAGAAACCAACUCACCUCAAGGCAACUUGUUGAAUUCUACCUAGGAGAAAUCCACAGGCUCAACCCUCUCCUUAGAGGGGUCAUAGAGAUUGACCCGGAUGCUCUGUAUCAAGCUGAUAAGGCUGACAGAGAGCGCAAGGCUAAAGUACCAGGAUCACUUGUUGGCCUGCAUGGUAUUCCUAUUCUGCUCAAGGAUAACAUCGCUACCAAAGAUAAGAUGAACACCACAGCUGGCUCACUUGCGCUACUAGGCUCCGUCGUCCCUCGGGAUGCUGGUGUGGUAACCAAAUUGAGGAAAUCUGGGGCUAUUAUUCUGGGAAAGGCUAGCCUGAGUGAGUGGGCUCAUUACAGGGACGAAUAUGCACCCGCUGGCUGGUGUGCCCGGACUGGCCAAGGAAAGAAUCCCUAUAAUCUUUCAGCAAAUCCGUGCGGGUCAAGUAGUGGAUCGGCAAUAUCAGUAGCGGCAAAUAUGGCAGCAGUGUCGCUUGGGACUGACACUGCUGGCUCAAUUCUAUGUCCAUCCAGUUUUAACUCAAUUGUUGGCAUCAAACCCACUGUCGGUCUUACCAGUCGAGCUGGAGUCAUCCCUAUUAGUCCUAGACAGGAUACGGUUGGACCCAUGUGCAGAACGGUGGCAGAUGCUGUAUAUGUUCUUGAUGCCAUUGCAGGCAUAGAUUAUAAUGAUAAAGCAACCAUUGAAGCAUCCAAGUACAUUCCACAUGGUGGCUACAAACAAUUUCUAAAGCCCUAUGGUCUCAAAGGGAAGAGAUUGGGCUUAUUGAGGAAUGUGUUCUUCAGAUUCAAUAAUGGAUCUCUUAUGUCUGAAGUUUUUGAGAGUCACUUCCCGACUUUAAGGCAAGGAGGUGCAGUUGUGGUAGAAAAUUUGGACACAGACAAGUUUCUGGCUGCAUAUACCUCAUUCCUAGAUAAUGAAACUAUAGCAUUGAAUGCUGAGUUCAAAUUGGCCUUGAAUUCUUACCUGAAAGAGCUUGUGGUAUCUCCUGUAAGAUCCUUGAGAGAUGUCAUUGCAUUCAACAAUAAAUUUUCAGAUUUGGAAAAAGUCAAGGAAUAUGGCCAGCAUCUUCUCCUUGAAGCUGCAGCUACAAACGGAAUCGGGAAAAAAGAGAAGGAAGCAUUAACAAAUUUAGCAAAAACGUCAAGAGAUGGGUUUGAGAAAUUAAUGAAGAAGAACAAGCUGGACGCGUUGUUAGCUCCUCUCCAUCUCGGUUCUCAUCUGCUUGCAAUUGGUGGUUUUCCAGGAAUAAGUGUCCCUGCAGGAUAUGAUACAGACGGGAUGCCCUUUGGCAUUACCUUUGGAGGACUAAAGGGGUCGGAGCCAACGCUAAUAGAGAUUGCAUAUGGAUUCGAGCAAGCUACUAAGAUUAGGAGGCCUCCUUCAUUCAAGCACUAAAAGCAAUUGCUGCUAUGUUAAGCCCUAAGUCCUCCAUUUAAGUUUUGGUUUAAUUGAGGUUAAAAAUCAUAUACUUUCCUUUCAAUUUCCCUGUCAAGUAAAGAUUUAGAAAGGAAAGAAAAAUGUGAAAGGUAAGGAUGGGAAACCAAUAUUUUCUUCUGCUUGUUUGGAAUGUGUGAUAGAAAAUGGAAAAUAGAGGCAAUUAUUAUUUAAUGGUCCGACGCAUUUGAUCUUGGGGAGACAA